GCAACACUUUACCAAGAAAAGUGAAAAAGAAAAACCAUUCUCUGACCAUUAAUGAUCAAAGCACAGCCUUAUGCAAUCUGAAACUGAAAGAUAAUAACAUUGUGUCUACCAAAGCACCUGAACUUCACCACACAACACAUGCACCCUUUCAACUGAUUCAGACUAGGACCAACUCUGAAGGCUUUGAGAUCACUCUUCUCUCUCUCACGGUAUUGUCUGAAAACGAGGGAGAAACGUUCAAAGCGGUUGUAAAUGGAUGAUAGGCAUUAAAAAAAAUUCAGAACUUGGUAACGUGAGAAAGACAACCCUUCUUCACUUCACCAAUACAACACCCUCUUCUGUCCCAGCUGUUUCUUCAAAGACAACACCCUUUCACCAACCCCAAUUAAAACAAACACAACCUAAUACUAAAUUAGUAAAUUAUUCCAAAAAAAUUUCUCUAUCUCAAUGUUGUUCAUUUCUUUCUCUAUAUUUCCUCCCCUUUCUCCCCCCUCCUUGCACAGCAUCGAACUAAAGCCUUUUGUUAUCCAUUCUUUUCUUUCUCUCUUCCAUGCAGCCUCCUCGCCGCAAGAACAAUAAUCUUCCCAACUCAGAAACCUCAACAACAAUGAAAGGCAAAAGGAACAGCAGCAUCAGCAUCUCCAUUGUUGUGGUGGUGUUCUCCAUAUUCCUCUUUGGGGUCUUCAUGUACAACGAGGACGUUAAGUCAAUGGCCGAGUUCACUUUCUUGAGGCCUAAGGCUCAAGAAAUCCAAGAAGAAACGGUUUCCAACAACAAUUCAAGAACUCAACCAGAGAGAAACCGGGUCGAGGACUCCGAGGAAUCUCAAGAACCGAUUGAUUUGAAAGCCGUCGUGGCAGAAGAGAAAGAAGAGAAGAUAGUGGAAGAGUAUGAGGAAGAAAAUGAAGAGGUUGUGUUGCCCCCAGAAGAGUGUGACUUGUUCACAGGAGAGUGGGUUUUUGAUAACUUGACACACCCUUUGUACAAAGAAGACCAAUGCGAAUUCCUCACUUCACAAGUCACCUGCAUGAGGAAUGGAAGAAGUGAUUCUCUCUAUCAGAAUUGGAGAUGGCAGCCCAGAGAUUGCUCUUUGCCCAAGUUCAAACCAAGACUUUUGCUUGAGAAGCUUAGAGGGAGGAGGCUUAUGUUUGUUGGAGACUCACUGAACAGGAACCAGUGGGAAUCAAUGAUUUGUCUGGUCCAGUCUGUUGUUCCUCAAGGCAAAAAAAGUUUGAGCAAGAAUGGUUCUCUUUCUAUCUUCACAAUUGAGGAUUACAAUGCUACGGUGGAGUUCUACUGGGCACCGUUCCUUGUGGAGUCAAACUCAGAUGAUCCAAAGAUGCACAGCAUAUUGAACCGUAUUAUCAUGCCGGAAUCAAUUGAGAAGCAUGCUGUGAAUUGGAAGAAUGUGGACUAUCUGAUCUUCAACACCUACAUAUGGUGGAUGAAUACUGCCACUAUGAAAGUCUUACGAGGGUCGUUUGAUGAAGGAUCCACGGAGUACGAUGAAGUCCCUCGGCCAAUAGCAUAUGGAAGAGUCCUCAACACAUGGUCUAAAUGGGUGGAAGACAACAUUAAUCCAAAUCGCACCAAAGUUUUCUUCUCCAGCAUGUCUCCUCUUCAUAUUAAGAGUGAGGCUUGGAACAAUCCAGAUGGUAUAAAAUGUGCUAAGGAGACCAUACCAAUUCUGAAUAUGUCAACAACAUUACAAGUUGGCACGGAUCGUCGACUUUUUGUGGUUGCCAACAAUGUGACGCAAUCAAUGAAGGUGGUGCCAGUGAACUUCCUUAACAUCACAACCUUAUCAGAAUUUAGAAAAGAUGCACAUACAUCUGUUUACACCAUACGCCAAGGCAAAAUGUUAACUCCAGAACAACAAGCCGACCCUGCAACUUAUGCAGAUUGUAUUCAUUGGUGUCUACCUGGGUUACCUGAUACAUGGAAUGAAUUUCUUUACACACGUAUCAUCUCUCAAUCUUGACCAACAGAGUAUAACAUAUUUUCACAUAUCUUAUUUUUUUUCUCUUUACUUCCUCAAUUUUCUAUUUACAUGAUUGUUAUACAUUUUUCUCUUUUUACUUCAAAACAUUUCUUCUCUUCGCUUCGUUGCCUCAACUUUUGUUAGUUUUGUCUCUAUGCCCUUGUAAGUUGUAAAUUUUCUUGAGACAUUUUUUUUAGCUUUUUCUAUUCUUGUAGAUUGAGAUCUAGGACUUGGGACUUAUUUUUUAGUUUUUCCCCUUUUGUUUCCUCUUUGUGUCUCUUUGUUAAGCCAAUUUGGCUGAGGUCGGAAGCACAUCAAACAAAUGAAUUGUACAAUGAAUCCUUGAAGAGAAAAUAAAGCAUUCAUACAUUGAAUGUGAUUGGACUCUGGUA